CCGCGGGAUCUGCACUCUGAUGUUUCCGGUAAGCUGCCGAGAGCAGCUGGGCCGAAACUCACCGCACCCUCCUGAUCCUCAGCCUCCUCUCCCGGGACAUUCCGCUCACCGGGACCGGCUCCACUCGCCACGGAGUUCGGGAACUCAUUUCCCGUUACAUGAGAGUGACAGCGAGCGCUGACAGACGCUUUAAACCUCCGCAGACACACGGACUGAUGCUAGCAAGCUAACAGCAUCCUCUCGCGCGGGCUGAGAAAUCAAAACAAUGCGUUUAUUUAUUACUUCUAAUUCAUUUAUACUCGUUUCAUGAAGUUAAUGUGCGUUUUGCUGAGUUUGAAAGGAUGCUACGUGUGUUUAAGCGACAGUAGCUCAUGCUGAUUUUACGUUUACAGAUCUGGAUGCUGAACAGGUUGAGGAGGGUCUGAACAGGUAAUCAGACUGAUCCGGGAACUUGAUCAUCUCGAUGACAAGCUGCAAAUUAGAGUCAUUAUUGAGUAAAGCUCAGUCUGAGCUCGCCUUUUACUGUCCCUGAGAUUAAAGCUCUUUUCACACAUCAGCCAUGGCUCCAAAAAAGAGACCAGAUCCCAUAGUUAUAACUGGAACUGGAGAAGGACAGCCAACCUCUACAUCCAUAGAUGCUGCGUCAGAAGCGAAUCUUGAGGCCCUGCAGAAGAAGUUGGAAGAGCUCGACUUGGACGAGCAACAGAAGAAGCGUCUGGAAGCUUUUCUCACGCAGAAAGCCAAUCUGGGCGAGCUGAAAGAUGAUGAUUUCCAGCAUAUCUGUGAACUGGGAGCUGGGAAUGGAGGUGUGGUCAAUAAAGUGUGCCACAAACCCUCGGGUCUCGUAAUGGCCCGGAAGUUAAUCCAUCUGGAGAUCAAACCCGCCAUCAGACAUCAGAUCAUCAGGGAGCUGCAGGUCCUGCAUGAGUGUAACUCUCCCUACAUCGUGGGUUUCUACGGGGCGUUUUACAGCGACGGGGAGAUCAGCAUCUGUAUGGAGAACAUGGACGGAGGCUCUUUGGAUCAGGUUCUGAAAGAUGCUCGCAGAAUUCCAGAGGAGAUCUUGGGAAAAGUCAGCAUAGCUGUUUUAAGAGGUCUCGCUUACCUUCGAGAAAAGCACCAGAUAAUUCACAGAGAUGUGAAACCUUCAAAUAUUCUGGUAAAUUCUCGCGGGGAGAUCAAACUGUGUGACUUCGGCGUGAGCGGGCAGCUCAUCGACUCAAUGGCCAACUCUUUUGUAGGAACACGCUCGUACAUGUCGCCGGAGAGGUUGCAGGGCACUCAUUACUCGGUGCAGUCAGAUGUGUGGAGUAUGGGUCUCUCUCUGGUGGAGUUGGCCAUCGGCCGGUAUCCCAUUCCUCCGCCCGACGCCAAGGAGCUGGAGGGGAUCUUCGGCAGGGCAAUGAUGGAUGUUGGGGGGGCAGAGACGCACAGUACCUCUCCUCGACCCAGACCCCCGGGCAGACCCGUCAGCGGUCAUGGGCCCGUCAUGGCUAUAUUUGAGCUGCUGGAUUAUAUAGUCAACGAGCCGCCUCCUAAACUGCCUCACGGCGUCUUCACUCCUGAUUUCCAGGACUUUGUGACCAAAUGUCUCAUUAAAAACCCUGCAGACAGAGCGGACCUGAAGAUGCUGACGAAUCACACGUUUAUCAAGCGCUCAGAGGUGGAGGAGGUGGACUUCGCUGGAUGGUUGUGUAAAACUAUAGGGCUCAAUCAGCCCAGCACACCCACACAAACAGCCGAAUGACACACGCACACUUUACCAUGUUUUCCCCUACAGAAUACCAACGUUUACAGCGUAUCUGAUGGAACACGUGCAAAGCUGCUUAUUUUACACUUUUACUUCCAUAUACAUGGUGAAUCUCAUGAAACAUGUCACGGUCAACAGAAAAAUGAUUUGAAUCCAAAAGAAAAUGGAUUUUUUGCAUUGUGUGCAUUUUGUCAUACAAAUUAAGUACAUCUGCCCACAAACUUCCCAUUACUGUAAUGAGAAAAAAACAAUAUAUUAAUAAAUUGUGAAAUGAAGUUCUGUAUAUUAUGGCCUUUAAAUAGGACCUUUUAAGCCCUUUUACAAAGUCUUGAUUGAUUUUUAUGUCACUGUGCAAAAAAAAAAUCUAAAUGGUCCUAAGAAUAUUCAUCUUUUUUAAGCAAAAUAUCAUUUCAUAUAUUUUUCUUUUCGGUUUUGUUGUGAAAUAUGACCUGAGAAUGUUUUCGUCACAUCCAGGCACACGUAUGUUCUCAUCUGAUCCAUGAUCAUGUGUAAUGGAGUUCAUAUAUGCCAGGAAGUCACCGCCGGCACUGUUAUUAUUAUUUCUGUAUGUUUGUUCUUGCGUUUGCCACAAACAUCAACUACAGACAGUUACAGUUUGUUGCUUUAAGACUCUCAAUAAAGUGAUUGUAGAGGGGA